CAUACACAUAUAACUCAUUUUUCUGAGGGAAAGAGAGAAGACAUUUUAAAGACAUGGCAAGAACCAAGCAGACCGCUCGUAAGUCCACUGGUGGCAAAGCCCCCAGGAAGCAGCUGGCCACCAAGGCUGCCCGCAAGAGCGCACCGGCCACCGGCGGCGUCAAGAAGCCCCACCGUUACAGGCCCGGUACCGUGGCUCUCAGAGAGAUCCGCCGUUACCAGAAAUCCACCGAGCUUCUCAUCCGCAAGCUGCCCUUCCAGCGCCUGGUCCGAGAGAUCGCUCAGGACUUCAAGACCGACCUGCGCUUCCAGAGCUCAGCCGUCAUGGCUCUGCAGGAGUCUAGUGAGGCUUACCUGGUCGGUCUCUUUGAGGACACCAACCUGUGCGCCAUCCACGCCAAGAGGGUCACCAUCAUGCCCAAAGACAUCCAGCUGGCCCGCAGGAUCCGUGGAGAGAGAGCUUAAACACACUGUAGUUUAAGGAAGCAAAACGGCUCUUUUAAGAGCCACCACAUUAUUUAAAGAGCAUUUGUGAUUUACUGUAUGCAUUUUGUCACUCUGCUAUCAUAAUAAUGAUAUUAAUAAUCAAAAUAAUCUACAUUUUGAGUUAUACAGUUAACCAGUCAGUA